AAGAAAAGGUAAAUAUAUGCCUGUCAAAUUUCCCAAUAAUUUAAAAAAAAGGUUCGUCCUACCCGCACCAUCAAUCUGACCAAGCUUAAAGCCAUCGUUAUUCAUGAUAAGGGUUUCGUUGUGUGGACGUGUUAAUCAGGUUGUAUAUUUGAUGCCCAGUUACACCCCAUUUUCCUGCUUCAUUGAACAGGUAUCAUACCUAUAUCAGGGGAAAAAAGACAGUAGGCUAUUUCAGGACCCUAUAACGUUCAUCACGGCGAUGAUUCAUCUCCCUCUUGUGAAUAAAAAACUCCGAAAGUUAUGUUUCUUAAAUUGUUUGUGAACAUUUAAGAAUUUUUAAAAGACUGGGAUCUAAAUUUAACUAUGGACGAAAUUAGGUUAAAAACCGAGCUGUAAGAAAAAUUAGAAUCAUGUCAUCAUCUAGUUCUCCAGUGGAACCCAAAGACUCAGACAAAAAUGUUAUUGUGGAUAAAUCUGAUUCAGAAGAAGAAACAGAGAGAAAACAUGACGAUGAUAACAGUGAUGGGACAGAAGAAACAAAUUGUUUCCAACCAACAUUUCCAAUCGUGCAGAGACCUAUUGCAGCAACUCCAAAACGUUCCUUUCUCAUCACAGACAUUCUUUCCGAAGAUAAAUCUUCUACAAAACCUUGUUCAGCCUUCAGGCCAUUGAGAGUACCGCCAGCGCUAGUGAGUACAUGUAACAGCAGCUUUAGUCCCGUCAGUGCUUCUCAACAUUGUCUGAACUUUUCCUCUUUAAAAAGACAGAAAAGUGAAAAUAAGACAUACGAUGAUGACGACGAGAUUGAUGAAGAUGAUGAUGAAGAUGACGAUGACAGAAAUAGCGAACCCAAUCGAGAAUCCAGUUCGUCACUGGACGAUUCUUCGGGUGGAAUUCUGAAACAAAAGAAGCCAAGAAAAGCAAGAACAGCCUUCACUGAUCAUCAACUGAACAGUCUGGAAAAAAGCUUCGAGAGACAGAAGUACCUGAGUGUUCAGGACAGAAUGGAAUUGGCCUCCAAGCUGAAUCUGACCGAUACUCAAGUCAAAACUUGGUAUCAAAAUAGAAGAACAAAAUGGAAGCGACAAACGGCUGUAGGUUUAGAACUCCUGGCUGAGGCUGGGAAUUUUGCUGCCGUUCAGCGCCUCAUCCACACAAAUCCAUACUGGUUCAGCUGUCAUCCGCAGGCAUCCUCCAUCAUAUCCAACAUAGACGCCAUGUAUUACCGCCAUAAUGAAACGUCACUUACCCAAAGACCAACACUACCGCGCAUGCUCUUACAUGGUAUUCAACAACAUAUCAAUCACAUGUCACCCAGUAACUCAUUGUUUUCAGAGAACAGAAAUUAGGAGGGAUGUGAUUAUUUGAUUGAUUCAGAGUAAUUUACAUUUAGUAUCUUUAGCUGUUCCCAUGAGUUCGGCUUUACAGUUUCGCUGGCAUCACACUGCUUUUUCUGUGCUGAAGCCACUUGUAGCAUUUUUGACUAUAUUUUAAGAAAUCAUAAUGUUACUUU